AUGUUCUACUGUAGGCGUUAUAAGCUUUUGCAUUUAACGGUUGUUUUUUAUUUAGUUUUAUUUGAAGUGACGGCUUUCAAUGAAAACCUUAUUCUACAGUUUAAAGAAAAUAUUCAAUAUUUUAAAGAUUUCAUAGCGAGUGUCCGGGAAGAACGUGAAUUUCAAACAUUAUUUAUGAUGCAAAAUUUCGAAAGAUUCCCGUAUGAUUCGCGUAUUGAUUUUCUAGUGAAACUUGAAAAACCGAAAAUAAUUUUACAAAAACAUCAACAAGUUUAUAUAAAAUCGGAAAUUAAUAGCGAAAUAUUCGCUGUUGUUCUCGUUCUGCACGAAUAUGAUGAGAAAUUAUUUUUGAACUUAGCUGCGAGCAUACGUUACAUACGUCCAAUACGCGUUUUAGUUUUGGCUUUCUUUGUAAAAGAACAGAAGAAAUUUCAGAAAUCAUUGCUUGAUUUUUGUGAACUUAAUAAAAUUAUAAAUUUAUUGGUGAAUUUCAUCGAAACGAAUGUGGAAAGCAAUCUUAUCUAUUAUCAGUUGACGCCUUUUCCGUGGUUCAAAUGGUCGACGCAUUCAUUCAAUUUCAACAAAAAUGGGAAGAAUAUGUUUUACGCUUCCCAUUGGCGUAAUAUGCAAGGCAAACCUCUAUAUACGUUACCGGAUCAAAUUGAACCACGCACCAUGGUAUUUGCGGAUAGGAGUGGUCAUCAAGUAAUCAGCGGUUACUUGGGAAAACUUCUCCUGCUAUUUGCCGAGAUGUAUAACGCUACGCUGAAGUUCCCGUUUGAAGUGAAUGCUGGUGAGGUUAUACAUUCGCUAAAAGUUGAAAAUUACACGCACCACGGCAUUUUAGAUGUUGGCAUGAGUAUGGAUUUCACUUUCAGAGAUGCUAAGUGGCAAGGCUUAUCAUAUCCUUUCGAAUUGACGAAUUGGGGUAUUAUGGUGCCCUGUUCGCAGUUGGUGCAUAUAGCCGAUGUUUUUGGUUUAGUGCUAACGUGGGAUUUGUAUUUAACCUUGGCGACCCUGACGAUGCUCUUGUCAAUUAUUCAGACAAUUUUUCAAUAUGUUAUCAAAAGCCGACUUCUUUGGAUAGACAUAUUUCUGAAUGACAAAAUACUGCGUGGUGUACUAGGACAGAGUUUCGCUUUGUCUUACACGACACAAAUAUCAUUGCAGUUGUUAUAUGGCGUAGUUUUCUUAAUAGGUCUUAUCAAUAGCGCCUUGUAUUCAGCCCAUUUGAAGACGCUAAUAACAACACCCACUUAUCAAUCGCAUAUAAAAACUUUCGAUGACUUAAGAAAUUCCAAAACGAAAUUGCUUUUCGAUGUCGGCGAUAAAGAUACUUUAAAUGCAAUACUUUCGCCGGAACUUGAAAAAAAACUUGAAGGAUGUAUGAUUUUUACGAACGAUACGGGCGCAUAUCAACGCAAUCGCAAAAUGUUGAACAUCUCAUACGGUUACACGGUUACUCAGGGUAUUUGGAAUGCUUUGCAAAUGCAACAGAAGUACUUCUUGCGUAGUGUGUUUUGUCAACCGGUGACGUUGAACUUUUUAGAUUUUAUGUUAAUGGCUUUACCGCUGCAAGAGAAUUCGCCAUACAAGGAACCUCUAGAUAAUCUCAUCUUGUCCAUAAAUGCGGUGGGCUUAUUGGAGGCAUGGUCAUUGCAAACAUUUCACGACAUGGUACGCCAGCAUAAGAUCCCUUUGAUCGAUACGAGCGAGAAGUUGAUUCACGAACCAUUAAAAAUAGAAGAUUUAUAUUGGAUUUGGAUUAUUUUAAUUGGCGGAUUAAUAAUAAGUUUUUUUAUUUUUAUUGCUGAAAAAGUGUUUAACGCUAUUCAAGUGGGAACUAAAAGAUUAAAAUAA